AUUAUAUUCCAGUGCUGUCGCUCAUUAUAAAAGUAGUAAUCGGAAAUUAAACAUGCAGGCAAAUACAACUCUGAUUCUAUAUAUUGCUUUGGUUAAAUUUUUCUCAGUUUGUGAAAGAAUUUCGUCGAACUAAUACAUAUUUUACGGUUAUUUACUUUGAAUUCGUGAGAAAUUUUUCUUGCGGCGACAAAUUGUUUUUUAAUCGUAUUGCUUUCCAUUAGCAAAUGUUACAAUAAAUUAAAUUGGUUACUAGAUACAAGUGACGAUAGAAAUGUGGCAUGAUAUUGCGCAAAGUGUGUAAAUAUAUUUUCAAGAAAGCAAAACCUUUGUUGAAUUUUGUUCAAACGACGGAAAUUCAAGAAAGUUGCAUCGCUCGUGAAUUUUAAAGCAUUUACCACAUUUCCCAAAGCAUGUGGAGAAGUUCUCGCAGCCCACAUAGCCUCAAGUAGGCAUGGAUAAUUGUUUUAAUAUAAACAAAAAUACUAUAUUGUUUUGUUCAAAUGCAGUGACUAAAUUUACAUUAUUUGGGUAAAUCUUGAUUUAAAUGUUGACCAAAACUUACAUUUAUUUUAUUUAAACAAAUACCACAAAAGCUCGUAUCAUUUAACGUUUCUGCGCUUAUUCCAUACAUUUUAUGGCCAAAAUUGAUACUUUUGUUCAUCGACGUAAGACAAGCGUACUUGUCCAACUGGUUUUUGGCUUUCUUUAACAACUCAAGCGAUACAAUGAAUGCGCAACACUAGCAGAAGCGAAUGUUGUGGCUCACAAGUAAAAGAACAACCAAAUAUUGCAGUAAUCUCCAAAUAUUUAUAUUCAUUUAGUGUUUUGGUAAAUAAAUACAUACAUAAAUAGCACGGUGGAAACACUACUGCUCUGGAAAAAGCCAUUGGAGUCAACGAAAUCUGUGUUUAAUCAGUCAGUCUGUAGUGGGACGCUCGAAUAUUUUCAUCUUAAUGUUUGGAAUCUCGGCGCGUAAUAAAACAGGCAGCACCAUUAAAUUGCUUAAUAGCAAACAGUGGAGUGAUCCUGAUAAUAAUCUUUUUGACGGCCCUUCUGUUUCUGGCAUAACAUCAGCUGCUUGUACUCUCGGCGCUUUGGGCGCAGAGAAAUGUACCGACAACUUGUCAACAACUACACCCGCAAAAGCCAUCUCAACAACCGAAAACAGCCACAGCAGCAACAACAGCGCUGAUGCCGAUGCUAAUAAAGCGGCAGGAACGCCUAACAGUAGCACAUCCACCACGCCGCUAGUGUCUGUGCCAAAUAGUCCCGAUACUGGUGCAACGCCGAAAAUAAUUGUUACAACAACGGAGGAAAGUAAAGCAGCUGGCAGCGCAGACGCCAACAUGCCGUCCAAAACCACAUAUGCGCAUGUCGUUACAACAACAACAGCUGAAAUAAUAGAUGAAAACCGUUUCACUAUUUUGGGUAAAGAUAUCUCGAACGAGUUCGAUGUGUACGAUUUACCAUCACCUCCUAAAAAUGGCAUCGGUAGUCCUGAGGGUGCGACCGGUACGCUCUUGAAUGCAUCGGCUGGUACGACAACUUCAACAGCAACUACACCGUCACCCUCUAAUACGCCUAAACAACAUAAUGAACGGGAUUCCACGACUAGUUUGUCCUCUAAGAAGAAGAAUAACCACAAAAAUGAUAAACAUCAGAAUGAUAUCGACUCCAUUGAAAGUAUAUCAGAUACCGCUAAAAUUCCCAGUAAUGAUCUUGAAUGGAUCGAUGAGUUGAUUCUGGAACGCAAUAGCAAAGAGCUUUUAAACAAAAAGAAUAAGAAAAAGAAGAAGAAGAUCUCAACAACAAAGGAGUUAGACCAACUUGACGGUGUACCGAGCAAACAAAAUGUCAAAGAUGAAGGAAAGGACGAAGAUGAAAACGUAGUAAAAUGUCUCUACUACACUUUGAUGUGCUGCGAUUGCACAAUUUCUUAAUGAAAUAAAGUAGAAAAAGGAUGUUUUAUACUAAAAAGUUAAGCGAGUUAAUUUAGCUUUUAAUAAUAAUCAAAAUAUUUAACAACGAGUCUGUCCACUUUUUAUAAAUGAGUAUAUAAAUAUAAAUAUUUGAUAACACUUAUAUUAAAGCAAGCAUAACUUGCCUUCGCUGAAUUACUUAAGAAAAAUUGCCAACUGUUAACACGAAAUAUUCCUGCUAAUUAGAUUUUAAGUAUAUAUGUAUAUGUAUGUAUAUAUAUAUAAGUGUUCAAAGAAUCGAUGUAUUUCGAUUAAUAGAUGCUCGUAAAUGUAUUAAAUACGGAAAAGUAAGUUUCUUUAUGAAAUGAAACGAAAAUUCAAACGUAAUAUAUGUUUUUAAUAUAGAUAUACAAAUGUAUGUACAUGUGUAUGAGUACUUACAUUCCAUGUAAGUUGUAAUGAAAAAAGACAAUUUAAAUAUAAUACAAUAGCGUGUACAUAAAAUACACAUAUAUCUUUGAUAUACUAUUUUACGUUACAUGAGAAAUUACAAUGCUUUUUAAUAAAUAUCGAAAACGAUGAGGCAACACAGCGGAAUUAUAAGUAAAUGCCUAAAAAUUCUAAACUACA